AUGAAUCAGAUUCCAGCACAAUUCAAUGGACGUUUACUUCAUUCUGAUGAAGAUGCCUUAUCAUCAUUUGAAAAUGAUGAUUUUGAAUUAUUACAAUAUCGAGCAUCAGUUAUGAGUAUUCUAACUCUUGAAACAACACUUCGUUCUUCUUCAAAUUCAAAUUUAUUUCAACGAAAACGUGCAUCAAAUACUUUAGUUACAUAUACAAAAUCACCUUCAACUGAUAUAAAACGUGGUACACGUACGAAUUUACCUCAUAUACAAAAAUCUCCAUAUCGAGAUAGUUUAAAAUUUUUUGAAACAUUUAAUACAGCUAAUACUGUUGAUAAUAAUAAUGAAAGUUAUUGGAAAAUGAAUCGUUCAUUACGAUAUGGAGAUUUAUAUGGAAUUGAUUUUCAAACAAUACAAACUAAUCAUGGUUUUCAAAUUUUUCGUUUUAUUAAAUUUAUGUCAUUAAUUGAUGAUGAAAAUUCAUUUCAUAUUUGUGAAAUACGUUUGAUUAAUUAA